GGGGCGGGGGCAGCGGCUCUGGAGCCGUGGCAGCCCCGGCAGUGGCCGCUCUGUGUCGGUGGUCAGUCGGUCGCACGGUCGCAGUGCCGCACACGGAAGGGCUGGAGCCGUUGCCGCUGCCGGGACAUGAUCCGAAACGGACACGAUGCCGUGGAUUCCUCCAAGAAGCUCAGUCCGGGGACCAAGCGCACCGUGCGGGUCUGGUGCGACGGCUGCUAUGACAUGGUACAUUAUGGGCAUUCAAACCAGCUUCGUCAGGCACGGGCCAUGGGAGAUUACCUUGUCGUAGGGGUCCACAAUGAUGAGGAGAUUGCCAAGCACAAGGGCCCUCCUGUCUUCACUCAGGAGGAGAGAUACAAGAUGGUCCAGGCCAUCAAGUGGGUGGAUGAGAUUGUGGCUGGUGCUCCUUACGUCACUGCCCUGGAGACUCUGGACAAAUACAACUGUGAUUUCUGUGUUCACGGCAAUGAUAUCACCUUAACUGUGGAUGGGCGGGACACCUAUGAAGAAGUGAAGAAAGCUGGGAGAUACAGAGAAUGUAAACGUACCCAGGGAGUCUCUACUACUGAUCUAGUUGGCCGGAUGCUACUCAUGACCAAGGCCCAUCACAGCAGUCGGGAAUUGCCUUCAGAAUACCGGGAGUAUACUGACAGCUUUGGCAAGCCCCUUCACCUAGUACCUGCUGGGGCAGGUAUUUGCCCAGAAGGCUUCUCCCAGUGCCCAAGGAGCCACAGCCCCUGGACUGGAGUGUCACAGUUUUUACAGACAUCUCAAAAGAUCAUCCAGUUUGCUUCUGGAAAGGAGCCAGAACCAGGAGACACCAUCAUUUACGUGGCUGGGGCCUUUGACCUGUUCCAUAUUGGGCAUGUGGCUUUUCUGGAGAAGGUUUAUCAGCUUGCAGAGCGACCAUACAUCAUUGCAGGCUUACAUUUUGACCAGGAGGUGAAUCACUACAAGGGAAAGAACUACCCCAUCAUGAAUGUGCAUGAGAGAACACUAAGUGUGCUGGCCUGCAGGUAUGUGGCUGAGGUAGUGAUUGGAGCCCCAUAUGCCGUCACAGCUAACCUCCUUGAUCACUUUAAGGUAGACCUGGUGUGCCACGGGAAGACCGAGGUCAUGCCUGAUAAGGACGGUUCGGACCCAUAUCAGGAACCCAAGAGAAGGGGCAUCUUUCGUCAGAUCGAUAGCGGCAACGACCUCACCACAGACCUCAUUGUACAGAGAAUUAUUAAGAACAGCAGAUUAGAGUAUGAAGCAAGAAAUCAAAAGAAAGAAGCUCGGGAGCUAGCUGUCCUGGAAGCCAUAAAAAAACGAGAGGCAAUGCCCGAAGGGGCAGCGGUGCAGGUGGAGAGCCCCUGUGAGGCCUAGUCCCAAGUGGCUCAAGCAGCACGCCUGCCCCUCCUUCCCUGGCCCCACCCUGUCUUCCUCCCAAGUGGGGGCACUGCCUUUGGCUCUGCUCACCUUCUCUUGCCUUUCUGAUUUUAGAAUUUGUCACACCUACCGUUUUAAUGAAGCUGAGGCCCCUUUUUAAUCUAGCCUGACUUGGGAGUAACUCAAAGCCUCGCCCGACUAGGCCAGCAGGGUGCUGCCAGAGGCUAGUGGAAGCAAACUCUCGGUGCUGGGUCUCCCGGGGUGUUUUUGGAGGGUUUGUAUUCUCCAGUAACACUUCCUGCCUAGGCUCUACUGCUCUGACUUUAUAGGAAAACAGAAGGACCUGCCAGCACUCUGAGCAUUUGGAAUCCGAGCCACGAGCAGGCUCUGGCUGCUCUUAAUCCCAGCUUUCCUUCCCUUGGCACUGCCCACCUCCCAGGAAGGGAGAGGAAUGAAUCACAGUUGCCUGGGGCCUCGCCUAACAUUAAGCACAAUCCUAAUGGGCUUAGGAAACUUGUCUUCCACUGUCCCCCAAGAAGCGAGGCUUCCUCUGCAUGGCCCCAUCCAGCCUCACUUCUUGGCUGGGGAAGGGGGGGGAGGGGAAGGGGUGUCAGCCAUAGCCAAAAGGGAAUGAUCCAAAUGGUGACCUUCCUUCUCCUUAAGAAGGGGAUCCCAUCUCCCUAAACUUCCUUGCCGCCUCAUCCCUUCAUUCUUCUUAUGGUGAGAGUUAUACUCCAAAGCAUCCUGCGUGCAGCCUGAGCUCUAGGACCUUUGGUUUUCACCUGCAACUUUGCUGCCUGGGGUCCCAUAGUCCUCCCCUCAUCCUGCUGCUCCCUGUACAGACUUUGUAUUCUGAUUUUUGUAUCAAACUGGCUGUUGUAAAUUUGUCAGUGGAACUUAAUAAAAUAUGCUGGGGAUACGUGCA